UGUUCAAACAGUUGCGGGCGGAAACAAAAUGUCUCAGUGCGGCGGUUCUUCGGGCUGCCGGCUGUUUUUGCAAGUCCGGAGACAGCCUCUUGCAUUGCUCCUGGGACAGCUGCUCGCCACGGGGCUAAUCCAGGCCGAGAGGGCUGACGAGGCCCCGCCUUCAUUAGCAGAUAGUACUAGCUGUAAACAGUUGAAGAUAAUGAAGAUAAUGCAUAAUACGGAAUCAGCUUGUUUCUGCUACAUUCCAAAUGGAACAAUGUACUUACAAAAUACUUGGUCAAGUAUUCAGGUGUUCACAAACAGCACUGGAUUAUUUCAAGUGGUGUAUAUCCCAGAUGAGCGUGACUGCCAAAAUUCCGAACAUUUGCUCGAUUUCUUGAAGUGCCUGAUUAGCAAUAUUUGGCAGCCUAGUAUGUCUAAUCAAACGCUCAUAACAGUGGACCAGUAUGUUGGGAAAACAUGUUUCAGGAUCGAACCAACAAAUAAAAUACUCUACACUGUGAGAGUACAACAAAAGAUGUUGGAUAGCAAACUCGUUCUGUUAUUUGUUGCCGGUGGACUUCUUUUUCAUUUUGCCUAUAACCUGAGCAGAAGUAAUAUCUUCUAUUAUUCUGCUGGGAUAGCAUUUGGCAUUUUCAUACCUCUAGUCUUUCUCGUUUUCAUGCUUAAAAGGUUUAUUCCCAAGCUAAGUACCUUCUGGAUUUUAAUGAGUGGUUGCUGGUUCUCUUCUCUGUAUAUGUUCUAUGUUUCAAGAGAAAAACUGAAAUGGAUGUGGAACAAUUCUACAUAUUAUAUACUGGGGUAUAUUUUAUCAGUUGGAUUGAUCUCUUUUGCUAUUUGCAAGAAGCACGGGCCACUCGGCAGCCAGCAAAGUAUGAACCUCUUGAUGUGGAUGUUGCAGCUGAAAGGCCUGAUCUUAAUUUAUUUUGGCAUUGCAAUCCCCUGGGUGGCCUAUGCAGUCAUAACUGCUAUGCUCUGUACAAAACUCCUGCAUUAUCCCCUUCGAGCAUCCUGCUAUAUUGGCAAAAAAGCUGCUCAGUAUUUCCACCCAGAAAACUUGGAGACUCGUUAUCUGACAGAAGACGAAUACCGGGAACAAGGAGAAACAGAGACCGUGAAGGCCCUGGAGGAGCUGCGCAUAUUCUGUAGGAAUCCCACUUUCCCCUCUUGGGUAGCUGUGGUCAAACUGCAAUCCCCACAAAAGUUUGCAAGCUUCGUUCUAGGUUCUCCUCAUGUAUCUGCUGAAGAAACGACAGCCCAUGAGGCACAGUAUGGCAUCGGAGGAGCCCUCCUAGAGCAACAGCUUUUCCAGCCAGAGACUGAGGCAGAACUAGAGCCCCAUAAUGCUUCUGCUGAGGUGGAGGAGAGAAACAAAGAGGAGGGACUGAGACUGUUACAACCAAACCUCCGGCACUUCCACAGUAGAGAAUUUCUUUGAGCUGAUGCCCAGGUCAGCGGAAACAUGUAAUAACACGCUUUUUGAACUGUAGAGGGCAGUCAAGACAUUUUGAAGGACUUAACCAUGACUUCAUUGGUUUCCAGAAAGCAGUUAAGUUUGCAAAGCCAUCAUGCCUAGGGUUAUGUAAGGAGAGAAUCCAGGCACAUCUGAACAAUACCGGACUUAGCCAUCGUCUCUGCUUAGAGAAACAAUUUGCUGAAGGUUUGAUGAGGCAGCCUGUGGAGGGCAAGGAAUUCCUCUCAGUUUUCUGCCAAUUUACAAGUUCACUUUAUAGCAGUCUCUUUUAUUUGCCUGAUCCGUUGAUUUCUAAGUUUGCACAUUAACCCAUGGUGUGCUUAACUCUCAUUUGCUGAGUUCACAGAAACACAUUAAGCCAUAAUCUUUGGUUUGUAAACCACAACGGCUGCAAACCAACACACAAUCGCAUUGCUUGGGAAAAUCCAGUGACAACUGAUGUUGGGAAAAUGAACUGAGAAGUUGACGUUAUUGGCAAUUAACCACUUUAUGCUAAUUAUUUCUCCCCAGUAAUUGGGAUAAGCUGAAGCCGUGUUGUUUCAGCAUAAUUUGCAAAUAAACUGAGCGUUCUAGAUAUUACAGAUGCCACAGAGCACUCAUCUUUAGAAGAGCCAAGGAAAAUGUUGGAGCAUAAUAGUAGUAG